AUUAUAGCCUACUAUGGCGUCUCAACAACAGCCUGGUGUUCCCUCUCAGGGUGGUCCACAUCAGACAGCAGGUCUUCAGCAACCUCAGCAACAGCUUAGUCAACAACAAGACUUUGAUCCUGUCCAUCGUUUUAAGAUGUUAAUACCACAGCUAAAGGAGAGUCUGCAGAAUGUCAUGACCAUUGCCUCUUUGAACUUCCAACACAACACAGCAAUUGAUAAUGGAAUCAAAAGCAACGAUGCUGCAGUACAACGUUUUGAUAAGAGCCUUGAGGAGUUCUAUGCUUUAUGUGACCAGGUGGAACUCUGCUUGCGGCUGGCCCACGAGUGCCUCUCUCAGAGCAUUGACAGUGCCAAACACUCGCCCAACUUGGUACCCACGGCCACCAAACCAGACACAGUGCAGACGGAAUCUCUGUCAUACACCCAGUACCUCAGUAUGAUCAAAUCACAGAUAUCCUGUGCAAAGGACAUCCAUAAUGCUCUGCUGGAGUGCUCAAAGAAGAUAUUGUCUAAGAACCAGCAACAGGGGAUCAUGUGAUUAUGGACAUGUAUAAAAUUCGUUUGUUUUGUCAUUAUUGUUUAUUUACAUUGACUUUUUAGUAAUAAAACACAGAUGCAGUUGUGCCUACUGUACUCUUUA